CACAACACAGGACAAACGGCAUGUGUUUUUCAAAAUGGCGGCAUAACCUCGAUUAUUACUGAAGUUUAUUUACUUUUUGUUUUAUAUUAUACAUAAUUUCAUAACUAAAAUUGUAAGAAGAUGUGAAAUAAUUAAUUUCAAAAGAAUACAUUUGAUCUGGAUUUUUAUAACUGUGAUCACAUCGUACAAUUUUGAAUCAAUGUGUGAACUUAUAAGAUUAACAAGAUCAAAACAAUGGCGUCAGCGUCACUAUCAUUCUUCUACUGGACUCUUGUGUGUAUCGUGUACUGCGUGUCGGCCCAGGACCCGGAGAUCGUCAACGACAUCUUCCCUGAGGUCAAGCAAGUCGGGAUGACAGCCCGGCUUAACUGUACAGUCGCCAGGCUGGGGAAUAACGCAGUCCAGUGGUCCUUCUCCGGUCAGGGUUUGAACCAAAUACUGAGCCGGAAUGAGGAGAUAAUCAUCAACAACCCUCGGAAGGGUAACGUCCCCAUCUACGAGAUUAUCAAGGACAGCAGUUAUGACCGUGUCACUUUCACUCUCGUCAUCAACCGGCUGAUGCCGGAAUAUUCCGGCAGCUACCAGUGUUCUAUCAUCAUUCACAAUAAGCCGUACGACCAUUUGAACAACAAGACCGGUUACGUCACCGUGUUACAGCCACCUAUGAUAAGACCAGGAUCUACCGACGCUGUCAAGAUGAUCGAGAAGGGCGGCAACUCGAGUAUUACAUGCGAUGCUUUCGGAGUUCCCUUCCCUAACAUCACGUGGGUCCGCUCUGACGGCAAGCUCUUGCCCAACGGCAAGGCAAUUUUCAGGGGCAGGACGCUGCCGAUCAUGUCAGCAGACGUGAGGUACUCAGGUGUGUACAGGUGUGUGGCAGACAACAGCAUCAAGCCACCUGCCGAGUCACUGACACAGGUUUAUGUGUUCCAAGCGCCAACGGUCCGAGUUCUACAAAAUUCUGUUGGUCAGUUCGCGAAUGGUAGGCUGGACGCUAAACUGGAUUGUAUUGUUCAAGGUUACCCCACCCCCACUGUCUACUGGAUGGUGGUCAAUGAACAAGAACACAUCAUCCUCAAAAACAGCGACAAAUACGAAACAACGAAACAGGCGACCGACACCCAGAACCUGUUCAACGGUGAACAGUGGUACUCACUCAAGGUGCGGUACGUGCAGGCUCUCGACUUCCGGGACUACUACUGCGUGGGCGUCAACAGCAAAGGUCAAGGCAACGCCACGGUGACCUUGUUCUCGACUUGGGACUGUCAAGGCCCGCUAUGCUACUCUCUUGAAGCGUCCGGACGAGGAGGUGCAAAUCUUUUGCAGUUAUUUCCCUUGCGCCUGUUGCUUAUUGCUGUGUUUGUCGUUGUUUUGAAUUAAUAAGAGUUUUUAUAAUGACUGAACGUAAAUGUAAAUAAUGCGACAUUUUAACAGUAGUAUUUUUUUUAUUUUCAACAUAUUCAAUAAUUUGCAGGGGGUCGGCGUGGUCGAGUCGGUAAAGCUCAUGGUUGCUAAACCGAAAAGUCUCGAGUUCGAACCCUCGGGCAGAUGAGGCUCGUUAGCUGGGGACAGCCACUCUUCUAGGAGAGACAACACCAAAAUUAAACAACUGCUGCCUUGUAGUUUGUUCUUGGUUGGACAAAGGCUAUGGAAGCAAAUCCAAAAAAAAAAGCAGGCUGAAAUCGGAGUCAAUGGCCUCAAUGGCGCAUAACCAGUUGACACGUAACGCUUAAUUGUGUUGGAGGCGUGGUCGAGUCGGCAAAAAGCUCAUGGUUGAUAAAUUCGAACAAAGUCUCGAGUUCAAACCCACUGGCAGAUAAAUCUCGAUCCCCUUCAACACUAAUAAUUAAGAACGAAGAAGAAGAAGAAGAAGAAUAAUUUGCAAAGCAUGUAUAAACAUUGACAUAAAGUGUCAUAAUUACAUUUUUACAAAAAUUAAUAAUCUUAAGACUGUGUUUAUGUGUGUAUGUAUGUGUGUGUGAAGUCUGUUUGUCAACUUGCUAUGUACUCGUAUGUCGAUGUCAAAAAAAAAU